AUGCCGCUUAAGAAGGGAAGGCUUGGGAAAAAGAAAUACUGAGGAAGAGCAGGCAGAAAAUUCAGCAUGACAGAAGCAUUCACAGAAACGACAGCUGAAUACGCUUAUGAUGAACAUGCUUUUUCCUGCAAUAAGACUGACAUCCAAGAAUUUGGGAAAAUAUUUCUGCCAGUAUUUUACAUUGCAGUGUUUGCUCUUGGCCUCACAGGGAAUCUAAUGGUGGGUUUUGCCAUUGUGAAAGAAGGCAGUAAAAAAAGCAUCACUGACAUCUAUCUCCUGAACUUGGCUAUCUCGGACCUUCUCUUCGUGAUCUCCCUCCCCUUCUGGGCCUCCAACAUGGUGCGUGGAUGGACCCUCGGGACUAUUCCAUGCACAGCUGUUUCCUCGCUGUAUUACAUCGGUUUCUUUGGGGGCAUGUUCUUCAUCACUGUUAUCAGUGUCGACAGAUACUUGGCCAUUGUCCGGGCAACAUAUUCUCUGAAAUGCAGAACGGUGAAACAUGGCUUUCUUGUAACCUGCGGAGUAUGGGCAAUAGCGGUUUUAGUUUCAGUGCCACAUUUUGUGUUCUCCCAGCUGGUAGAAAACGACUGCAUUCCUGUCUUCCCCCAGGAGCUGGAGAACAUCUGGCCGGUGUUCUGCAAUGUGGAGCUGAACACCAUCGGUUUUUUCAUCCCAGUCUGUAUCAUAUGCUAUUGCUACUGUGGGAUCAUCAAAACCCUGCUGUCCUGCAAAAAUCAGAAAAAAACACGAGCUGUAAAACUGAUCUUGGUUGUGGUGGUCGUGUUUUUUCUGUUUUGGUCCCCCUACAAUGUACUGAUUUUUCUAGAGACUUUAAAGCACUAUGAGUUAUUCACAAGUUGCAACCAAAUUAAAUCAUUGGACUAUGCAAUGCAUCUGACCGAAACCAUUGCAUUCAGUCACUGUUGUCUCAAUCCUCUUAUCUAUGCCUUUGCUGGGGAAAAAUUCAGGAAAUACCUUUAUCGUGUCUGCUUAAAGUACUGUCCAUUCCUGUGUUUCUGUGGCCCCUGCAGUCGCUACCAGGUCACCUAUUCAGCUAGCUAUGCAGAAAGCGUCAUGAACAGCAACGUAACCCUGAACACCAGUGACCAGGAUGGCUCUGUCUUCGUCUAA